AUCCGUAAGCUACGAUUUUUAGUAUUUUAUUUGUGGCGUCUUUAACAGACUGUAUAAUUAAUUCUCGGUGACUUUAGUCUUCGAAAUGAAUAGCAUUUUGCUGUUUCUGUUAUCGUUAUGCCAAGUGUUGCAACAAAUUUAUGCGCAAAUUAUUUGCGACACUACUACGGUGGCAACAACUGCUAUUGUGAAUAAUGGACAAUGUCUGUGCUAUCCUGGAAUCACCUGCCCUACAGAUGGAAACAUUAUUGACAUCAGAAUAGUGAAUACGGGAACUAAUUGCCCCUCUGGACAAGUGUACUGUUGCAUGCCUGGAGACGAUACUUCCUGUGGUAUCCCAAAAAUUCCACCUUCCUCGCAUCCUCCAGGGGAAGCUGCUUGUGGUGCAUAUCCUUGGCAAGUAGCUAUUUUCACCAACAAUGGCGAUUAUCUCGGAGGUGGAGUACUUGUUAGACGAAAUUAUGUCCUUACUGCUGCUCAUAAAGUACAGAAUUAUAUAAAUGGUGGGAUUAUAGCAAAAUUGGGCGCACGGAGUUUAAGUGGUGUUGACUCCACCUGUAAUUAUUCACCUGUAAAUAUUACCAUCUCGAAUGUUACUCUGCAUCCUUAUUAUAAUUCAACGUAUCUUUGGAAUGAUAUAGCAGUACUUAGACUGAGUUCCAAUGCUCCAAUUGCUCCUAACAUUAAUACUGCAUGCUACUCAUGUGAUCCAGUUAAUGUGGGAACAAGAUGUUGGGUGACAGGCUGGGGAAAGAACGCUUUUGGAAGUAACGGGAUGAAUCAAAAUAUUUUGAAAGAGGUAGACGUACCUCUGAUAAAUCGAGCGACUUGCGAAACGGCCCUUCGGGACGAACUCGGCAACUCUGCCUCGUUAUAUCUGGACAAAAGCACCUUGUGCGCCGGAGGAGAAGCGGGCAAAGAUGCAUGCACUGGCGACGGAGGUUCACCGUUAGUGUGUCAGACGAGUAAAGGGUCCUAUCAAGUUAAGGGGCUGGUGAUAUGGGGUAUAGAAUGUGCAAAACCAAACAUACCUGGUGUGUACGCUGAUGUAUGUGAACCUUGUACUCGCUCUUGGAUCUUGAAACAAAUGACGUGAAUCACGUAUAAAUAUAUACAAUGUGUUUUUACAUUAUAUUAUUUAAAAAAAUUAAAACAGGACAUAUUAAUAAAUUAUUAGAUUUUCUACACUGUAUAAAAAUGUGCUAAUUAAUAUUAAGUCAUGAAUAAUGUAUAAAUAUUAUUAAGAAGUUUCAUUAUUCGUUACUAACAUUGUAGUUGAAAUAUAAAAGGAGAAUAUAUUGGGAUUUUAUUGAA